GCCGUAAAGCGCGGAAGGUCGCGGUCUCUGGAUAUCCUCGAACUUUUUACUCCCUCUGCCCCACCCCCCUCCCGUCCUCUGAUCCCCUGUCCCCCCGCUUUCCGGCCCGCGGCGACCCCCGGCAACCGUUUUGGUUGCCGCCUCGCUUCCGCGCGGGUGUUGCUGAGCGCGGAGCCCGUGGGGCCCGUGAGGUAAGAAGACAGCUGCGGGGCCGCUCAGCCCUCCCUGUCCGCGCGGGCCCUAGCGCCCCGGGACCUUCGACGUCCCCCACCCUACUUCCCGCCUUGGGCUAGCCCGGGGCGGUCCCAGCUGUCUCCCGGCUGCCGUCGGUUCCGCCUGGUCUUCUCUGGAAGGUGCGUCCGAGCGCCACUACUCUGUCCAGCAGAGAUUGUCCGGGCCUCGGGGACCUGUGUCCGGCUGCCCCGGGGCCUGCGCAUCCGCUCUUGCAGGCGUCUGCCGUUCAGCGCGGAUGCCCAGGACGGCCAGGGUGACCUCGCUUCUGGCUCCCUUGCUCCCGCUUAGACACCCCUGCAGCGCAGAGCCCACUGCGGCUUGUCUAGCCUGGUCAUCCGUCCCUGCGGGUCGACCUGUUUGCCCGCGUUGAAACGUGAGAUCCACUUGCGCUUUACUCGCUGUUUGAAUUCUUGGGAUCUCCUUAGCCGAGUGAGAGCAUAUCUCCCAGUUGGUGACAGAUGUGAUGUUCUCCCGGUUGCUAUUGAUUGUCCGAAGACAAAGAACCAGCCCAGGAUGGCAGAACUGGUCCUCUGCAAGAAGUGCGUCAGCUGCCGAGGCGCAUUCUGUCGCCCUGCCUACCCAGGCACAGGUGGUGAUCUGUGGUGGUGGAAUCAUGGGCACAUCCGUGGCCUAUCACCUCUCCAAGAUGGGGUGGAAGGAUAUUGUCCUUUUGGAGCAAGGCAGGCUGGCUGCUGGCUCUACAAGGUUCUGUGCUGGCAUCCUGAGCACUGCCAGGCACUUGACCAUUGAACAGAAGAUGGCAGACUAUUCAAACAAACUCUACAGUCAGUUAGAGCAGGAAACAGGGAUUCAAACAGGUUACAUAAGGACAGGCUCAAUCUCUUUGGCUCAAACUCAAGACCGGCUGAUCUCCCUGAAGCGCAUCAACUCAAGGCUGAAUGUUAUAGGCAUCCCUUCUGAGAUCAUCUCCCCCAAGAAAGUGGCUGAACUUCACCCUUUCCUCAAUGUGCACGACCUGGUGGGGGCCAUGCAUGUUCCCGAGGAUGCAGUGGUGUCCUCUGCUGAUGUGGCUCUUGCCCUGGCAAGUGCUGCCUCCCAGAACGGUGUUCAGAUCUAUGACCGUACAAGUGUUCUUCAUGUAAUGGUCAAAAAAGCUCAAGUUACUGGUGUGGAGACAGAUAAAGGACAGAUUGAAUGCCAGUAUUUUGUCAACUGUGCUGGUCAGUGGGCAUACGAGCUGGGUCUGUCCAACGAAGAGCCGGUUAGUAUCCCGUUACAUGCCUGCGAACACUUCUACCUUCUGACUCGCCCCUUGGAGACCCCUCUGCAGAGCAACACACCAACUAUUGUGGAUGCUGAUGGAAGGAUAUAUAUUCGGAACUGGCAAGGUGGCAUAUUGUCUGGUGGCUUUGAGAAGAACCCGAAACCAAUUUUCACUGAGGGCAAGAACCAGCUGGAGAUUCAGAAUCUGCAGGAAGACUGGGAUCACUUUGAGCCCCUGUUGAGUUCCCUCCUGCGGAGGAUGCCAGAAUUGGAGACUCUGGAGAUCAUCAAGUUGGUGAAUUGCCCCGAGACCUUCACACCAGACAUGAGGUGCAUCAUGGGCGAGUCUCCUACAGUACAGGGCUACUUUGUCCUGGCAGGGAUGAAUUCUGCUGGCCUUUCAUUUGGUGGUGGAGCUGGAAAGUACCUCGCUGAAUGGAUGGUAUAUGGUUAUCCCUCAGAAAAUGUCUGGGAAUUGGACUUGAAACGUUUUGGAGCCCUCCAGAGCAGCCGUACCUUUCUGCGCCACCGGGUCAUGGAAGUCAUGCCUCUGAUGUAUGAUCUGAAGGUUCCCCGUUGGGACUUCCAGACUGGUAGGCAGCUACGCACAUCUCCACUCUAUGACCGGUUGGAUGCACAAGGAGCCAGAUGGAUGGAGAAACAUGGAUUUGAGAGGCCAAAGUACUUUGUUCCUCCAGACAAGGACCUACUUGCAUUAGAACAGAGCAAGACUUUCUACAAGCCAGAUUGGUUUGAAAUUGUGGAGUCUGAAGUCAAGUGCUGUAAAGAAGCUGUGUGUGUCAUCGACAUGUCCUCUUUCACGAAGUUUGAGAUAACGUCCACUGGGGAUCAAGCACUAGAAAUGCUCCAAUACCUCUUCUCCAAUGACCUGGAUGUGCCUGUGGGCCACAUCGUGCAUACUGGCAUGCUCAACGAGGGUGGAGGGUAUGAAAAUGACUGCAGCAUAGCACGGCUGAGCAAGCGCAGUUUCUUCAUGAUCUCUCCAACCGACCAACAGGUCCACUGUUGGGCCUGGCUUAAGAAACACAUGCCAGAAGACAGUAACUUGCUUCUGGAGGAUGUCAGCUGGAAAUACACUGCUCUCAAUCUGAUUGGUCCCCGAGCUGUGGAUGUGCUAUCUGAGUUGUCCUAUGCCCCAAUGACUCCAGACCACUUUCCAAGUCUCUUUUGCAAGGAGAUGAGCGUGGGCUAUGCAAACGGGAUCCGGGUGAUGAGCAUGACUCACACAGGAGAGCCGGGAUUCAUGCUGUACAUCCCCAUAGAGUAUGCCCUGCAUGUGUACAAUGAAGUGAUGAGUGUUGGGCAGAAAUAUGGAAUCCGGAAUGCUGGUUAUUAUGCUCUUCGCAGUCUUCGAAUUGAGAAGUUUUUUGCCUUCUGGGGUCAGGAUUUAAAUACCCUCACCACGCCCCUGGAAUGUGGACGAGAGUCUCGGGUGAAAUUAGAGAAGGGCAUGGAUUUCAUUGGCCAGGAUGCCCUGCUGCAGCAGAAGCAGAACGGGGUGUAUAAACGCCUCACUAUGUUCAUCCUAGAUGACCACGACACAGACCUGGACCUCUGGCCUUGGUGGGGAGAGCCUAUCUACCGGAACGGGCAGUAUGUUGGCAAGACCACCAGCAGUGCAUAUAGCUACACCCUGGAACGCCAUGUUUGUCUGGGCUUCGUGCACAAUUUUUCUGAAGACACUGGGGAAGAGCAGGUGGUGACAGCAGAUUUUAUCAACCGGGGAGAGUAUGAGAUCGACAUCGCAGGACACCGGUUCCAGGCCAAGGCCAAGCUCUACCCUGUCACCUCCCUGUUCACCCACAAGCGCCGAAAGGAUGAUGUGGAGCUGAGUGACUUGCACGGGAAGUGAUGCCAGGGAGUCUCCUCCUCCCAUCCCUCGUCCCGGAGGAGCAUCACCUGAGAGCUUCUCGUUCUUCCUCCUGACUCUGUCCCUCUUUAUUGAACCUCUGCCUCUUGCCUCUUAUCUCCUUGAUACAAUUUUGAACGUGAUCCACUUUUAAACUUUAUGCUUUGUAGCCUCUUUUGUCCUUCCAUCUUCUCCUCCCCCCUUCUGUAGUCUUCCCUCCUAACACUGACCGUGGGCUCUCCUUCCUGUCUGUCUGCCCUGCUCAGUUUCCCUUGGUGGCAGAAAGUAUGUCUGACAGGCAGGACAGAAGCAAGUUCCACUAUGGAAGUAGGUUAAGGUGACAGUCUGACAUCAAAUUCUGCAUCUCAAAACACAGCAAGCUGGUGUUGUGCAGGCCUCAGGGCAAGAAUCCAUUUCCUCCAGCUAAGUUUUCUUGAGUAACCUGUUAACUUUGGUAGGGUUGCCUGUGUCUGAUGCAGCCCUGUGGACUAGCUUGUGCCUUUUAGCCAGGCAGAUCAUUCUCCUGUUCCAUUGCGCUGUGGGUUGACACCUGAUACCUCUAGCAAGCGGGUGAUCAUCUACCUCACCGAGGAGAGGCUUCGCAUGGACCUCUGGUCUGUAGCAGAGACAAGCAGUUAACCUGGCACCGUCCUCUCCCUCCCUGUGGAAACAGAUAUCCAGGCCUUUGGGCCAGGGCAGCCUGUGUGUAAUUUUCUUCAUCCCUUGGUAAUCCCUGUAAUGAGGUUGCUGUUUUUUUCUCAGCUGAGUGAACACGUGAGCCACAGUGUUCAAAAGGGAAAAACCAUGUUGCCUUUUGUGUUGCUUUUCCCAGUGGAAAGGGUCUGACCUCAGAAAGUACAGCACCAAUGACACUGAGUUUUUACCAUUAGAACAGUGCUGCUUUUCUUUCAGUUGGUCAGAGUUCAGCUAUCCUAUCUGGAUUUUCCUUUUCUCCCAGUAUGUUUGACUUUAUUGGUUCAGCCUUACCUGUCCCCUCUGUGGUUGGCCCACAAGCUCAUACUAUUUCUGUCCCUUUAGAACAGGGAGGGGAAGGUAGGACGUGUUGUUCCGACUGGGUGACCAAACCUUGCUGUCUAUAGUUCCUUGCUGUCCUUGCUGUUCCAGAGAGCUACCUGAUUGCCAAGCUUUACUUCCUCCAGCACAGAGCAAACAAAGCCAUGCAGAGACGGCCCUUGUAGACCCAUUAAGAGUUUUGAGUACAGAGGGUGUAAGUUACAUAAGGCUGGAGGACAGCAGCUUUCUGUCUUUUCCUCUCCAGCCUUUUCUUUCCCUUCCAGACACCCCUCCAUUAGACUCUGGAAUAGAAAAUGACUUGGGAUGCCCCAAGAGCACCCUGUGUACUUUUAAGCUGUCUCUCUGUUUUCUGAAGGCGAGACUUGAAUAUUGUAGACUGUUCUAUGCAGUCCCAACACUUAAUUGUCCCUUGCAUGUAAACUGCCCUAAAAUUUUUUUUUUAACUGUAAACAAACUGCUGUUAGAGAUUUUAAUUAAUUAAACUGUAGCCUUUGUUGUCAUGGUAUCUUGGAAGCAUUAGCUCUGAUAAGUCUAAGUAUGUUAAAGGAGAUUCUUUCAUUUUAUUAGAGCAGCUUAAAAGCAUCAGGUGUCUGCCUUCUCUGGCAUUUUUGGGGAGUCUCUGUUUACCCACUUAAUCAGAUGGCUCCUUCUAGGUAUUUCUUGCCAUUUCCCCAGCUAGACCACUCCUACUUGGUUACUGACUUUAGUGUUCACCUUUGAGGGAUCUUAGUUGAUUUAUUGAGGGAGCAUGUGAUUAGAAUUCUGUUUGGGGGCCUAGCUAUUUUGGAGCACAGGUGUAUUUGAUCAUCUGAGAGAUGCUGUUUCUAGGCAAAAAGGAGGAGGAGACACGUUGCCCCUCGAGAGCUGAGCAGCAAACCAGCAGCUGUGAAGGACUUGGCAGAGAGGAACAGGCCCUUGGCCACAGGCUGGUGCUACCAGCAGGGAGGUGACUGGCCUGAGAAAGUGGGAACAGGAUGGAGAGCUACAGGUACCCCCUGCUCUUCCAAACACACAGCGUUUGCCUCACUCCAAAGUCAUCUUUGAAAAUGAAAAUUUAUUUAGAAUUGAAUCCAAAAGAAAUCUUUGACUUAUGCAUAAAUAUUACUCUUCCAACCUUAGAUGGGGCAAUAAAGUUGCUCUUUCUGUUACAUAGAAGUCUCACCACUUAAGAAGAGCCAGACAAAAAAUAAAAGCCAUCUCUAUAGUUUAAAAUUGGGAAAUGCCAUCCUCACAGUAUAUUCCUCAGAUAGAAAUUUCAUCAGCAGUACAUUCAACAUAGAGUUUUAAGACUUGGAUUUUCUUUUCUGCACUUAUUUAUCUCUAGCUAGUUACUGUUCUGUUAAUUAGCUGACCUUCCUAAGAAGCAGGAGAAAAGUCAAAAUCACGCAGUGAAUUUCCACUGAGCUGAAAGUCCUGGCCUCCUGUUUGCUGGUGUCACAUUCUGCUCCUUUGAGCCAGCAGACAGCACUUCUCUUGCUGUAAGGGGAGAGGGGGGAACGAGCACUCAGGACCGUGCUUUGAAACACCUUGUCUGUAAAUAGGGGUCAUACACCUAAGGUUCUGGCGAGGUGUUGAUCUUCUGGGUUAUCCCUUGUUUAUUGAAUGUCCUGAAACAGAUUUAUCUCUUAGCACUUUACAUCCUUGAAAUCUCUCUUGGUUCAUUCAAUCAAAGGCAGUGUGAAUCUGGACAUGUGUGUGAGCUCUGAACAAACAUCUGACAGUGAGUGACUCUUCCCUGCCUCUAGCAUAAUUGAUAUGCCUCUGUCUGGUGUCUCAAGCAUCUUAGAUGAUCAAGAAGAGAGAGCAGUGUAAUCUCCUGGCCUGUUAACGUCAGAUGCUAGAGCAUUCUGGGCUCCUCUUGUAUAAGGAGAGGUUGCUGAUAGAUGCACUAGAUCCUAGAUGAGGUAGAUCUGGAGGCAUAAUUGUAAAUCUGGCAAGAAUAGGGAAGGACAAUCAAAACAGCCUUGUGUGUCGUGUUCCAUCUUGGGCAGUGGGGCCACAUGAGUUCGUUUGCCUUGUGUGAUAGCUCACCCUGGGGGACUGGUUAGUUUGUCAUCUGUCCCUAGAGAUUUGAGGGAUUCUGGACUCUUGUGAGUUGGUGGUUGGACUCUAGCUUUAGGGAAUUUGGGGUACUUUUUUCUCUCUGAAAUAAUCUGUGAUCACAUUUUGUGCUCUCCAUGGGGAAGGGGCUCUGCAUUCUCUUCUGUCUUGUCAGCAUAUUCAAUUAAAGAAUCUUUUUGAGGGCCGGCCUGUGGCUCACUCAGGAGAGUG